AUGUCGGCGUCGCGGGUGGCAAUGCGGCGCGCCACGCACGCGGGCUCGCAUGCCAACAUAAACAUCGGCUGGAUCCCACCCACGCCCGAAACAGCCUUCAUGGGCAUGCUCCCCGCGACGCCGGAGUACCACGAUCCGAACUUCUUGCGCUCGAUCUCGUCGAUGCCGGUCAACUCGCCGUUCGACCUGUCGGGCGGAGACCCCGACACUACAGCCACGCUCGAGCGCCUGCGCGACCAGCGCGCGCGAACCGACCAGCGCAGCGAGCUACAGAUCCAGCGCGCACUGUCAUCGUCUCUACAAGCGGCCAGCGACCACGGCUCGCGCGCCCGGCACGCCCGGCACCGCAGGUCCAUGUCGACCGCUGCCGGCGGAGUCGAGGCAGCGCAGCAGUGGUGGACCGGGUACCCAGUGUCCGCCGACACGUUCGCCGCGCUCUCCGAAGCAGCGUCCGGGGGGUUCGGCGGAAAGCUCAAGGUGCCGCGGAUCUUCGCCAAGAGCAUGCGCGGCGUGUCGUUCACGUGGGAGUACCUCGCGAAGGACAACGUCCACAUCCUGGUGCCGGACUCCUUCGAGGCGGCGGCUGUCGUGGUCUUCGGCCCGCCGCGCUCCCUCGUGCAGCAGCUGUCCAACACAGGAGCAGACCUCUCCAGCGUCGUGGUCCCGUCCGGCUCCGUCACGGUGCGCAGCACCACGGGCCGGCACGUCCAGAUCGACCAGAAGUACGCGCAGCACGCGCUGACGGUGCUGAACGACAUCAGGGGGCACGUGCCCCGGGGGGCCAUGUGCGCGUUCUGCGGACACGGGAUCGGCGGCGGCGUCGCGAUCGCCGCGGCGGUCCUCGGGGCGGGGUCCGGGUUCUGUCUGGACGUGGACCUGAUCACGUUCGGGGCGCCCCCUGUCGGGAACGGGGCGUUCUCGCGCGCGGCGCACGCGCUGAUUCCGAUGCAGCUGCACGUGGUGCUGGACACGGACCCCGUCGUGAACCGCUUCGCGGACGAGGGCAGGGCGCCGAUGCCAGGGCGCAUUACGAUCGGCGGGGUGAUGGCGGGGUGCAUGCCGUCGGGGGGCGGCAGGGCGUCGCCGAAGACGUACAGGAAGGCGAUGCGGCGCGACAAGAUGCUGUCGUGGUCGGGCGACACGGACGCAAGCGGGUCGGAGUUCGAGUGA